AUGUUGAGAUCGUUGGCCAACGUGAUGUUUCACUCCUUCCGCAGUCGUUUUGGCCUCAAGGCCAGGACAGGUUAUUGUUUUUCUGUUGGGCACGAGGGGUUCCCGACCACCAGAGGCUGUACGCCUGACAGAAUGAGCGACGUCACGGACACCUGUGUGCUUGUCUGCGGCGGUGGCAAUGCCGCGCAAGUGGUGACCGGCCUGCUCUCGGUGAGGUACAAGACGAUUGCGGUGUCCUUCUUCGCAGACGAGGCCGAGAAGUGGAAGACGGCGCUCGGGAACGACUCGUUCGAGCUCACGGUUGAGGGCGCAGCUGUCAACAAGAUUGUCUCGAAGCCUGCUGGCAUCACAAACGAUCCUUCGGUGGCCAAGGAUGCAGACGUCAUCAUCCUAGCCGUGCCAUCUUUUGCUCAUGGUGAGUAUUUUGAGAAGUUCGCUCCUUACAUGAAGCUUGGAACCAUAGUCGGCGUCAUGCCAGCGCGGUCGGGCGGAGACAUCCUCUUUUCCUCAAAGAUGGGAGACAAGGCCAAGGACAUGGUCUUUGUUGGCUUCGAGACGCUGCCAUGGGCCUGCCGCUUCUCCGAAUGGGGCCGAAAGGCGACAAUCCUCGGCACGAAAAACACAAUCCUUGCAGCUGUGACUCCACCGACUGCCAAGGCGAAGGCACUCGGCACACUUCAGGGGCUGUUGGGUGUCUACCCGUUCAUCGUCGAGAGCCCCACCAACCUGGGCAUCAGCCUCCGCAACCCAGGCAUGAUCGUGCAUCCAGGAGUGAUGUAUGGCCGCUGGGGGCCCGAGUCUUGGGACGGCAAGGCGAAGGCAGAGAAGCCGCUCGACGCAGAGAAGCCGCUCUUCUACCAGGGCGUCGACGACUUCACCGAGACGGUCCUGCUCGGCAUGACGGACGAGGUGCAGGCUGUCUGCCGCAAGAUGGAGAGGAUGGUGCCGGGCCUGUGCUUGAAGGAUGCCUGCACCCUGAAGCAGUGGUAUUUGGACUGCUACGACGGCCAGAUGACCGACACCUCCACGCUGAAGGGCUGCAUGAACACAAAUAAGGCCUACGACGGGCUCACGCACCCGUGCAAGGGCGAGGCGGGCAACUACAUGCCCGACCUGAACUACCGCUACCUUGCCGAGGAUGUCCCCACGGGCCUUUGCUUCGCAAAGGGCAUGGCUGAGAUCCUCUCGUUGUCGACACCGACGAUCGACAAAGUCAUUAUUUGGGCACAGGGCUGCAUUGGCUUGGAGAUCAUGGUGGACGGGAAGAUGACAGGCAAGGACUUGGCAAAGACACGCGCUCCACAAGGCGUAGGCAUUACAACCCCGGCUGAGUUCAUCAAGUUAGCAAAGCUGGAGACGAAAGGUGAUGGUGGGUCUUUUUCCAAGAUCUUUCGCGUCUGCAGCUAA